AUGGUUGGUGGUGGAAGCAGAAGGGAUGAUGGUUCGUUGGUAAUUAACAACACCAAUGUUUUUGCGGCGCUUGAUACUUUGAAGAAGAAGAAGAAAUCGGAUAAGGAGAAAAAGAGUAAGGGUUCUAAAUCGGGGAAAUUGGAAGCUGAAUCUGAUUCAAAGCUCUUUUGGGCUCUGGCUCCACUGAAUGCAACUUCGUGGGGUGAUGUGGAUGAUGAUGAUGAUGAUGAUUAUUAUGCUACCACUGCACCGCCUCAAUCUGUUUGGUCUGUUUCUGAGCCUCAGCGAAGUGAGGAUAAACAAGAAAAUUUCGAGGAGACUGAGAGUGAGGAAGAUAUUUUAGACGAAGGGGAUGAGGAGGAGGAAGAGCAAGAUCAUGAACCAGAACCAGAGCAUGAUGUAAAACCUGAACCUGAGCUUAAGAAGCAUGCUGAAGUUCAUGUGGUACCAAAGGAGGCAGAACGACAACUCUCCAGAAAGAAAAGAAAGAAAAAGGAACUUGAAGAGCUUGAGGCUCUUCUAGCUGAUUUUGAAGUUGCACCGAAGGAAAGCAAUGGUGGUCAAGGUCAAGAUAAGUCACAAGGCGCAUCCCAUGAUAAGAAAGGGGUUGAUGGAGAUGUAGAUGGCGAAAAGAAAGAAAUUGUUCCAGAGUCCAAGAAUGAGAAAAAGAAGAAAAAGAAGGAUAAAGCUUCCAAGGAGGCAAAAGAAUCCAAUGGUCAGCCCAACAACUCAGAAACAAACAACAGGCCUGAUACAUGCACUGAAAAUGCAGAGGAGGAUCCAUCUGUGAUUGUAGAGCCCACUAAUGAAGAAGACGUUCCUUACACGGUUCUUUAUCCUUACAUGCCUACUGAUCUUCGGGCAUUGAAGAGGUCUUGGAUUCAGCUAAAAGAAGAAAGGAAUACUAUCCGGGAGAAGUAUUAUGAGCAAGAAAGGAAGAUUUUGAAGCUCACCAGGCAGCUCGAGGAAGUAAGAACAAUCAAUGAAUACAUUAGCACAAAGGGGAAGCGUCCAUGGGAUUUUUGA